AUGGGGCUGUUGAACCAAACCCCCCGGGUCGUCCUCUAUGCCCUGGUGCUCCUCUGUGUGGUGUUUCUCUUCACUGCUAAUUGGGUGUACUUCAGUGGUGUGGGGAAUCCCUUCAGUACUGUUGUGGAGCCUGUCGACGAUGGGCAGACGCACAGUCUUGGAGUGUCGUCUGUCUUUGCCUUUGACGCUGCUCAGGACACCCUGCGACUCACUGAGGCGGAGCAGCAACGUGUCGCCCAGCUCCAAGCAAGAGUGGUCUCCUAUAACCACAACGAAUCAAAUAUUGUCUGCCCGGAUAGGUAUAUCUUUGUCCGAUUAAAACGUGGUGUUACGCGACACCACAAUCAGCUGCAGAUGAUGAUGAACAUCAUAAUGUGGGCAGAACGUUUGAAUCGCACAGCUGUGCUAGGUCCGUUUUUCGUCAAAAACAAAUGGGUAAUUCACAGUGAUUUGUAUAACUUUUCUGAGAUUGCACGGCACUAUUGUGUUGUGUCUAUUGAUACGAUGCGCAAGCGUCUGUCAAGUCGAAUACCAUUAACCCCUGUUACAAUUGCAUGCUUUGACGGAAAGAUAUGUAGGAGUGCGAUAAUGCACUUUGGUUUCAAAGUAAAAAUAGAGAUCAUUGAAAGUUAUACACCAGAUGUUCCAUGGAACCAUGUAGAAGCACAUUUCUACCUUCAGCAGUACUUCUUCAAAUAUCCUCAAAACUCCAAGGCGGAAAUUGUAAUAAUUAGGUCCGUAGCGGCGUUCAUGAUGACACGUGGAUUGUCUGAUCAUGCGGCAAUUUAUGGUCUUCUGCGGCCAUCAGCUUUGAUUGCCCAGAGGGUCAAACGGUUCCUUAACCAUUCCUUUGGCCCCCGUGGUCGGUUCUUUGCGGUGCACAAGCGACACCUUGAAAUGAAGUGCAAUAAUUUUCUAACGGAAUCACUUCCACAGCUACGGACUCACUUUGGUGUGACCUUGAGAAGUGAGCGAGAGCAGCUGAUCCGUGCGCAGUGCAAUAUCAGCAUCCCGUACCUCGCAGCACUACACGCGUCGCUCGGGCUGCGGCUCUUCUCCUACCCGAUGUUCUUGGCACACGAUGGACAGGAUCCGUACACAGUGCCACAGCUAAAGGCACGGGGUGCUCGCGUGUAUGAGAAGGAACACUACGCCCAAUAUGAGGACUGCGCCUAUGGCUUGUGUGCACUCGCUGUGGAUUACUUUGUGAUGACGGAGGCUGAGUACUUCAGUGGGAAUGCGGUGUCUACAGUAUCGGACAAUGUGUGCUUUGUAAGGCUUGGCAGGGGAAAGGCGUGCCAUGGGAUGGAACCCGCUAUCAUUCGCAUG